AUGGUUCUCUUGUUACAAAAGAUUGACAAACUCUACUCAAAGCUGGAGAAUUACCACCACCACCACCACAAUCACAACCAUCAAUCACAAGCCUUAUCAUCUUCUCUGGAGGCUUUUGAAACCCUUGUUUCCAAUUCCUUUAACAAAUUGUUUUCGAGCUCGAAAUCAGCAGGAUCUGAAGUUCCAUCAUUUCCAUGGAUCCAGCAGUGUUUUGAGCUCAUACCCAUCAUCAACAAUGGUUUUGCAAAGCUAGUUGUGGCCAUAGACUAUCCCAUGACUAAAUGGGAAGCUGAUUCUGUGGAAGAGUAUCUCAAAUACACCUUGAAUUUGCUAGAGUUGUGCAACUCCAUCACUUGCUCUCUUUCUCAUCUUGGGAAAGAGAGGCUUUCACUGUCUCAUGGUUUGAAUCUUGUGGAGAGUUCAUCACCUUCUUUGGCUGUGGAGCAUCUGAGACAAAUUCAAGUCCAACCAAAGAGUUUGAGCAAGGAUUUCAGAUUCCAAGGAAAUGAAGAACAUGGGAAAGAAAGGUUUCCUAUUACCAAGAAAUCAGUUAUUCAUCAAGCUUUGGUGGUUAUGGAGGGGAUGGUGUUUUGGGUAUGUGGGAUUUUGAUGACUGUUUUGGAUGGGGAUUCCAAGCCAUACUUGGAGAUGAGAAAAUCUGGUGGAAGGUUAGUAAGUUCAUUGAUUUCUGGGUUGGAUUUGAGUGUGGGUGAAGUAAUUGUGGAGAGAAGAGGCAUGUUGAAAGAGGUGAAAGAGAUUAAUGACUCGGUUGCAGCCCUUGUUUCUGCUAUUGGGAUUGGGAAAAGGAGUAAAGCAGAAGCUGAGGAAUUACAAAGAAGAUUAGAGGUGUUUGAGAAGAUGGUGGAGGGUUUGGGAAAAGAGGUGGAUUGUCUUUUCAAUAAGGUUUUGGCUGGAAGAAAUCAACUGCUCAAUGGAUUUCAACACCAAAAGCAUUAG